AUGGACCCAGCCAGUCGCUUACGAUAUUACUUCAGGCAUCCAUGGUCCCGCAUCGUGGUGGCCUACCUGGUCAUCUUCUUCAACUUCCUCAUCUUCGCCGAGGACCCCGUGUCGCACAGUCAGAAGGAGGCGCGCAUCGCCGUGGUGGGCAACUGCUUCUCCUUCCUUUUCAGCAACUACCCCGGAGCCGGGUGGAGCGUCCUCAAAGUGGUGUGCUGGAUGCUGGCCAUAUUCACCGGCCUCCUGGCUGGAAAGUUAUUUUUUCACCAGCAGCUCUUUGGUCGAUACCUGCGACUCAAAGCCUUCCAUGAGGACCAUGGCUCCUGGAUGACUAUGUUCUUCACAACCAUUCUCUCCAUCUUCAUCUUCUCACACAUCUACAACCUCUUCCUGCUGAUGGCCGGGAGCAUGGAGUCUCACAUGGUGACGGACCAAAUGGGCGUCAAGAACACCAGCUUUAUGAAGAUGGCUGCCGUGGGCACCUGGAUGGGGGACUUUGGUACGGCGUGGAUGGUGACAGAUAUGAUGCUUCAGGAUAAUAACUACCCACACUGGGGGAAAGAUGCAAGAAGGUUCUGGAAGCAAGGCAACAAUAGGAUUGUCCUAUUCUGGACCGUGCUUAUCCUGCUGACGACAUUGGUGGUUUCAGCCAUCGCUACCGACUGGCUCUGCUGGGAUUGCCUCAACCGAGGCUUCCUGCCCAGCGAUGAGGUCUCCAGAGCCUUCCUGGCCUCCUUCAUUUUGGUCUUCGACCUCCUCAUUGUCAUGCAGGACUGGGAGUUCCCUCACUUCAUGGGCAACAUGGAUAUCAAAUUGCCAGGACUGCCAACAGCACAGUUGAAUUUCAAGCUUCCUGUCUGCAAAUAUAUCUUCAAAGAGGAGUACCGCAUUCACAUCACAGGUAAGUGGUUCAAUUACGGCAUCAUCUUCCUGGUGCUGAUUUUGGACUUGAACAUGUGGAAGAACCAGAUCUUCUACCAGCCGUACGAGUACGGUCAGUACGUGGGGCCCGGCGAGUACAUCUUUAGCGUGGAGAAAGCCGAAAGCCUCAGGACGUUGAACCGCAGCACGCUGACGUACGAGUGGCGCGCCAACAACGUGGACCCGAGCACCAAUCGCUCCUAUAAAGAGCAGGACCUGUGGCUGCACAGUCGCUACAGUGGGGCUAGCAUGGCGCUCAAGUGCCUGGCCUUCCUCCCCAGCCUGCUAACGUUCAUCAGCUUCGGUGGCUUCAUCUUGAUGCUGGGCCGAUUCUCCGACAGCGAGACCGAAAACCGAGACAAUAGCUACGAGAGGAUGAAUCGCAAGUCGUCGUGUGGCAAAGAGACGGCCGUCACCCCCGAGGAAGGUCAGGACGUCGACGAGUCCGACGGCCUUAAGCGCUCGGGAACGUCCGUACCGCUACUGACGGAAGCCGAGGACGCCCCGGUGCCGCCCCCCGCCAGCGACACGGUGGAAGAGGCGCAUCCCAGCGCCGCCGGUGACCUCGAGGCCUCCGAGGAAUCAAACAUCUCUCACGAGAUCGCCUUCCUCAGGUGGCUCGGCAUUGAACGUGACGCCGAGGAAACGGGCGUCUCUCAUGACGUCGCCCACGACCCGCUGUGA